UGUCAGAAGGGGAUGCUUUGCAAUAUUGCUGGCAGAAAUUCAGUUUGAUACGAAGUCUCGUUCAGUGCGGUUGAUUAAACGUGAACGUUGACGUCGGGCUGAACCUGUCGAUUCGUGGUUUAUGUAGAACGAUAAGACGGUGUGUGGGCAAUAAAUCCGGUCGGCGGUCGUUUGCGCGCUUAAGUUCACAGUGAUAACUGUUUGACAGUUUCCUAAGGAUAGUUCUUCAAGUAAGAGGCAGAUGCUUCCGUGCCGUUCCGUUUCGUUCCGCUCCGUUCGAAUGAUGGUGGAAUGAUUAACCGUUGAAGGUUUUGCAGGAUGCGCUGCACAGGUUUUUCCCGCUCGUUUUCAAACAAAGAACGCCAAUGAAUGGACGGCUUAUGUGCCAAAGAACGAUAGUUUAGCCGGGUUGUUUGAACGGAUUGAAUUCACUGGUGUCUGUUCUGGUUGUGAUAGGACACUUUCAGGGUGCCGCACUAAGAAUAACGUGUGAUGAUUGCCACAGUGAGGGUGAUUUCGGUGUAUUGAACGUUGAAAGUGAAGUUUCCGUCAGCUGUACGAAUCAGAUGAGCAUCGCGGAGUGAAGUGUUAAUUGAUCUUUUUUCUAAAUUCAUUGAAUUGAAAUUAAAGGCAGAAUGCUGGUACUUGAGCGAUCGUUUAAUUUACUUCCUUCGGUAUCAACGGUGCAAUUAUAUGAAUUAAUGGGAGCGUUCUGUGUCUUUCCGGGUUUGUUAAAUGGGUAUUCUAUUUAUUUUUUUAUCUGAUUGCGUGACUCAGAAAAUGUGCGGAUUUUAACCAUCGCAGCAAGCUGGCGGACGAAGUAGAAAAACAUCGAAAGGAAAGUGCGUGUUUCGGAGUCUUUGAGUUUUCUAAUACUCGUAUAUGGUAGUGGUGAAUGAUCCUAUUGCUGUAACCGAAACGGUUACGAAGAUUGUUGUUCCAUAACGAUAAUUGUUAUCAAAGAUUGUGAGCUAAUCAUAAUGUUUAUAUUGCCAUCGUAUGCGCGCUAGUUUCAUUUCGAACGAUGAUAGUUUGAAGAACUAUCGAAAUUGAGGAAAGCGACUAUAAUUCGGCGUUGUCACGUAACUUCAGAGUUUGUUUUGACAGUUGAAUCGAAAUAAUCGGUUACACGCAAACAAAGCAAUCUAAAACGGAUCACGAAGCAAAACUAAGAGGUUUUAACCUUAAGGUCAUUCGCCUCUUCGGACCAGAAAAACUUUCUGACCCUAUGUGCGGGGUUGGGAAUCGAACCCAGGUGGGCUGCGUGAAAGGCAUCGACUUACCCAUAACGCUACACCCGUCCCCAAAUUUAUAGAAUGGAGAAAUAAUAUUUGAAAAAGCUUCCCAUGUGACACGUACAGCGCAAGAGUGCAAGAGCGUUUCGAUCCCGAGGUUCCGUUCCGAGCUCAGACCAGACGAUGAAGCCCGGAUUGGGGGCAGAUAUUACCGACUAAGCCGAUUAUGGUGUCUGUCACAUGCUCGAAUAGCUGUAGGUGCCGCACAUUAUCCCACUGUAGCAACAGCAACAGCAGCAGCCGGCGUUGUCAUCCAACAAUCCGAGAGCGUGUCGGACGGGGAAAAGUCACCACAGACAGGGCUCUCGGUUUCCGCAGGGAGAUUUCCCACGUCCUGAUGAACGUCCAAUGAAGUAUUUGCUGGAUUACGUUCCGGGGCACCCAAUUUACUCUGAGCGACUGCCAAGCGACUGGCUGAAAGAAAACAAUCACCAUAGCGGUCGCCAUUAAAAUGUAACAACCAGCAAACCACUGGAAACGAUCAUCCUCGGCGAAGGCGGCACGGCACGCUGCUCCUGCUCCUGUCCGGCUGGUGGAAAAUUGGUCUUUUCCUUCCCAAUCUGCCGGCAGCCCUGCACGAUAGUAUCAGCUGCACAAAGCUACGCUUCCGCUGCAAUUAGGGAUUGCUUCGCCGAAAAACACUCGACUCACGGUGUGACGGCACCGGUUAGCGCAAUUGCGAGAAUGCAUUCGAUAGAGCAGUUUAGUGGCCGUGGAGUGCUCUUCUAGAAAGAAGGAGGGGAAAACAAAGAAAAAGUGCACAAUAGUAACGGUGGAAAAUAAAAGCAUUUCGGUUGGGGGAAGGGGCAAAAAAGUGCAUCGUUGCUCAUAGUGAUAGCCGUGGUUCGGGAGCAUAAAUAUCCCAAAGUGGCGCAGCAAACAGUCGUGGGAGCAACAGAGUGCCGAAACGGAGCCUAGAAAUGGGACACAUAAAUUUUGUGGAGCUGAAGCUUUUGUUGAAUGUACUGUUCGUAGUAAUACUGGUGCAUGGUCAUGGCUCGCAAUCCGACUCGCAGCCGGAGUUUUUGGCCCCGCUAGACAAUCUUACGGUGACGCAGGGACGCGAUGUGUCAUUUACCUGCGUGGUUAACAACUUAGGACAAUAUCGGGUGGCUUGGAUAAAAUCUGACUCGAAGGCAAUUCUGGCCAUCCACACCCAUAUGGUGGCGGUGAAUCCGCGCCUGUCGGUCACGCACAAUGGACACAACACCUGGAAGCUGCACAUCUCGCACGUACAGCUCAAUGACUCCGGAAGCUACAUGUGCCAAGUGAACACCGACCCAAUGCGGCAUCAGUCCGGCAAUCUGGAUGUGGUUGUCCCACCGGACAUCUUGAACAGCAACGACCCGAACAGUGCCUCGCUGGAAGAAGGAAUCGCCAACGAGGGCGGAAAUAUUCUGCUUGUGUGCCAAGCGGUUGGAGUUCCGCUGCCAAAUGUACAAUGGCGCCGCGAGGGUGGUAAAGACAUUGUCGUGCGGUCCGACGCCCGGGAGAAACAAGUGGUGAAGUUGGUCGAAGGAGAACGGCUGGUGCUGAAUCAGGUGCAACGGACCGAUAUGGGAGGAUAUCUCUGCAUCGCAUCGAACGGAGUGCCUCCUUCAGUCAGCAAGCGGUACGACGUGCAAGUGAAUUUUCCACCCAGCGUGAAAGCCGGCAAUCAGCUGGUGGCAGCUCCGGUGGAAAGUCACGUCAUGCUGCAGUGUAUCGUGGAAUCCUUCCCGACACCGCUGAAUGGGUGGUAUAAAAACGAUGGAAUCAAACUGUAUGAGAGCGAAAAGUACGUCGUCAGCGAGGAAAAACUAAACGCCUUCACCUGGCAGCUUAAUUUAACGGUAAAAAACCUUCAGAAAACGGAUUUCGGAGCGUAUGCCUGUUCCAGUAUUAACGCUCUGGGGAAGGCCGAUGCCCGGAUACGGUUACAAGAGCUCCGGUUGCCACCGAAGCCAACAACGACUCCGACGCCGUACGUGCCGCCAACGCAGAAACAACCCCGUCGGAAGCAGCACCAUCAGAGCCACGGUAAGGGCAGUCACGAUGCCAACGGGAAAAGUGGCUUCGGCGGUGGCUUCAACCGUGACAGCUACAUCAUCAAUCACAUCCAGGAGAACGACUUGCUCGGCGGAUUUGGCUCGGACGUGCCCCCACGGGGAGGUCCCGGUGCGAACGGUGCCGGACUCGGUGGCUACGGUUCCGGUGCGGGUGUGUACGGUGGCACCGGAAACGGCAACAGUGGUGGAACUGGCCCCGGCGGUAGUAGCCUGGAGAAGGCACGAAACACCCAAAUGCCGGCGCCCAUCCCAUCGCGGCAGCCUCCCCUCUGGAUACGGAACAGCGGGUCGGCAUCCUGCAGCCGGGGACCGUUCGGGUUCGGAUCGGGUUGGCUUGACGGAUCCCUGCCGUUACCCCGGCGGAGGGGUUUGGGUGCAGCCAUCGUAAGCUGUUGUUUGCUGAUGAUUUAUAGUCUGUUGAUGUUGCUGACAUUUACAUGAAAUUAUGUCUAUGGGUGUUAUCACUACUGUUAGGAUGCGUGUGCAUAUUAUCGUCAUUAUGAAUACAUCUAUAUCUCUUGGCAUACAAUCGCUACGGUGGAUCGGUUUCGCCUGGAGUUGAGCGGCGUGACCUUCCGAAUGAUGCGUAUGAAAGGGACGAGUUUUACACGGGAGAUGCAUUUUUUGGAACUGAGCUGU